AUGGCACCUGCGACAGCGGCAAUGAUCGCAGUGGCGGCAGCAGCAGCGGUUUCAGGAGGAGCAGCAGCAGCAGCAGCAGCAGCAAGCAGGGUGGAUACUCAUACUGGCGCUGGUGCCGGUGCUGGUGCUUCUGGCGUUGAUUGUGAGGUGGAGAGUGCGGAACGGAAUGGUUAUCUGGGCAUGCAGGGAAGGGAAGCAUGUGAUACGUGGCAGGUGUGUGCAAGUGAUGUGGGAUUGCAGAGCGGGGAGAGGGUGAAUGGAAUAGAGACGGAAGAGAAGAGGGAGGAGAUGGAGGAGCGGGAGAUGUGGAAGGAAGUGACGAGGGAGACGAGAACGGGGGAUGAGGGAAAGGGGGGGCGGUUGAAAGGGGAGGGAACGGGGGAGGAGGAGAAGAAGGAGAAGCAGGAGGAGGAAGGGAGGGAACCGGAGGAGAGGGAGGAGUUGAAGCGCCGCGAUGCGGCAUUGCUUCAGGAAAUGGAGAGGGAGAUUGAAAGUGUGCGAGCUAAGUACAGAGAGAGGAGGGAGCAGCUGCAUGCAGCGUGGAGGGAGAAGAGGGCAGUGAGGAUACGAGGAGAGCAGCAGCACCACCACCAGGCCUCUUUGAUUUAA